CGGCAGUCUGACGUCAUCACGCACAACGUGUAGCACUGAGGCAACAUGGCUCUGAAUGGAGAUGACGAGGACUUUGAGUGGGAGCCUCCAACAGAGGCAGAGAUGAAGGUGAUCCAAGCUCGCAGGGAGCGACAAGACAAAAUCAGCAAGCUGAUGGGAGACUACCUGCUCAAAGGAUACAAGAUGCUGGGAGAGUCCUGUGACGUGUGUGGGACGAUUCUUCUCCAGGACAAACAGCACAAAAACUACUGUGUCUCAUGUCAGGAGCUGGACUCUGAUGUUGACAAGGACAACCCAGCUCUGAAUGCGCAGGCAGCAUUAUCCCAAGUGAGAGAGAGACAGCUUGCAGCCCAGUCCCCUGCACUGUCCCAGACCCCUGAACUCAACGGAGGCCCCAGCUCCAGUCAGGCAGGUGCAUCAGUUCCUCAGCCCAGACCGGAGCACUGUGAGGGGGCUGCUGCAGGGGGAAGAGCUCUCCUGCCUCCGUCUGCUGUCCCUUCUACUCCACCUACUGCCCCCACCCCAGUUCUGCCACCUACCCGCCCCACAGUUAGUCCACAGAGCGCUGCCCUCCAACCUGUGUUGCAUGAAGCUGAGGAAGCUGUUCUAACCAAACUUCGCUGGGCCACUAACCAGCUACAGAGUUCAGCCUCCCUGGAGUCAAGUAUCCAGCUCUGCAGCCUCAUCACCAGCUGUGCCAACUCGCUGCGCAGCCUCAAGGACCUCAGCCAGUGACCAUCAUGGAAAAGGUUACAACCCUAGAUUAAUGGGAAAACUGUUUCUACUUGCCUCUGUCCUGGAAUAUUGACUCUGGUUUGCUGCUUUGCAGCAUCUGUCGUAGACUGAAUCCUUGCAUAAAGCUGAAUUCAAAACUGGUCAGGAAAUGCACUUGAAAUAGGAUUAAAAUGAAAAGUUUGCAAGUUGCUAUUGAGUUAACAUACAUAUAUGGCUGUCGGAAAUAUGUUGCAUUGUUUCAUAAUAUGUUUAAGGACAAAUAUUUGAACCUUUGACAGUUUUUGUCAGUUUGUAAGUUAUGAUGUAAUGAUAAGAACGGAACAUUUCUAAAUGCACAUUCAUCAUUGGUAUGAAUUUAAAAACACCUGCCCAUUAAAACAUUUAAAAAUAUGAUUUGAUCUACAUUCUACAGUAAAAGACUGCUGAUGUAUUUAGCUGAUUGGCUUUGGUUAAUCCAAAAUGGCCACCACACUGACACAUGGGAAAAAGAAAACAUCCCUUUUCUGAUUUGUUUUUGAUUCAUAGUAUCUAAAAUGGUGCAAAUGAGAAAAUUCAAAUAAAAGCUAAAACCUUAUAGGUUUGCCUGCACAAGCAAGAGUGCCUGUGCUAAAAUACAAUACACUAGUCUGUAAGUUACCAGUUAAGAUGUGGUCUGUUGGUAUAUUGUUAACACCAGUCCUCUGAUCAGAGGUGCAUUUUUCUAUUUACUGUUCAGUCUGACAUUCAGAUGGAUUUCUUUUGUCUCUGACUCUCCGUUGAUGCAAAGAUUGUCAUUGUGUGCCGGCAGUAAGGUUUUUAUUGUAAAUAUAUUUGAUACAUGAUGGUGACGAUGGUCAUGUGAUUCAGUGAUGCUCAGAUGAGAGGGGGGCAACAUUCAGGAGUCAAACUCAUAACUCUUUAUUCGUUAAAACCAUCUAGAGCAAAUAAAGUUUGCACUGUCCAUCGAUAGGCAGCACUUCAUGUUAGAUAAAAGCAGCUUCAGUGUUGUUCAAGGCAGUUAGAGUUUUCUAAUUAUGCACCUGAAUAAAGUUUUGCCUGUUCAGGA